AUGGCGGUGCUGGAAUUGCAAGGGGUGGUAGAAGUUCAGCCCCAAUUUGAAGAUGGCCUCCACAACCUCCACAUCGGCCUUCUCUGCCGCCCUUCCUCGCCGGAAACCUACACGUUUACUAUCGGCUACCAGGAACUGACAGGGACGAAACUGCCCUUCAAGAAGCCGCUCUUGGUCUUAAAGAAAACGAAGCGCCCCAAAGAUGGUUUCUAUGACGGUGCUCAUGUCGCAGUGGUGGGAUUGGAAGUCACUGGAAUCAUCCGCCACCGAGAACCCCAACCAGCGGUGAAGAAAAGCGCGCAAGCUCCUUUUACACCAAGUGUCCUGGAAAACUGA